CGAAACUUUGGUACCAAAAAGCAAAAACGAAAGAAUUAGGUAUAGAAUUGGGAAUUAGGGUUUAUACUACGCUACGAAGAUGAUUGAGGUUGUGUUGAACGAUCGAUUGGGGAAGAAGGUACGUGUGAAGUGCAAUUCAGAUGACACGAUCGGUGAUUUGAAGAAGCUGGUGGCUGCUCAGACCGGAACUAGGGCUGACAAGAUCCGAAUUCAGAAGUGGUACACCAUCUACAAGGAUCACAUCACUCUCGGUGAUUACGAGAUCCAUGAUGGCAUGGGUCUUGAACUCUACUACAACUAAACCCUCCUAAGGUUUGUUGUGUGCAUGAUAUACUAGAUGCUGGCUUUGGGAUGAAAAUGUCAUCUGGAACCGUCAAAUGAUCCUCUAGAUUGUAAUAAUGUACAUCUUUUUUAUGAUAUUGGAUUUAAUUUGCUAUUGGAACAACCAGUUGUGAGUUGUGACCUAUAUAUAAUAUACAUAUUUGUGUGACUUGUUCCUAACUUCGUAUGUACGUGGCAUUUGUCUGACUCAAUUGCAUUUGAAAUAUCUGUCACUGAUAUUGUUUUGGUUA